GACCCGAAACUUCUACAGCUGCGAGAGAAGAGGUCAGAAUGUUGCCUGGGUCCAAGACUUCUUUUAAAGUCAGACAGAUCGCCACAGACACCAAGGAGAGGAUGCUGAGGAGCAGGGCUCUGAAGCCGUGGGGCAGGGAGGUGUUUGACCUCAGCUGUUUACCAGGAGAACAGGUCCUCCAGAGGGCGGUGUUGGUCAGGAAGAAGCUUUCUGCCAAAGAGGGGGGCGGUUGGCUCUCUGGAACUCUCUACUGCACCCAUUUCCGGCUGGCGUUCGUACCCCAGGAUGAGCAGAAACGGGACGACGAUGCCGACCCCAUUCUGCUGGGAGACCACGACGUGGCCCUGACAUCCAUAGAGCGGGUGGUGGCUGUGGGGGCGUCCCGAGUCAAGCAGGUGACCCCCAGCACGAUCCUGAGGUUCACCCCCGAGGAGCUGGUCCUGUUCUGCCGGGACCUGAAGGUGCUCUGCUUCCUGUUUGACCGGCUGACCCCCGAGACCCAGGUCAUGGAGAUAACCUACGCCCUCGCCAGGUUCUACCAGCCUCUGAGGCCGGAAACCGUCCUCUCCUUCCAGAACGCAACCCUGGGAAGCACAGAGAUGAAACAGCUGCUUAGCAACCGCAGGCGGGAUCCCUGCAUGAACUGGUUUGAAAGCGAGGCCGACUGGGAGGCCGAGCUGGAGCGGACGGGCGCCACGGGCUGGAGGGUCAGCAGCGUCAAUGACCGCUUUGAGAUGUCCACCAGUCUGCCCAGGUUUAACGUGGUCCCUCAGAAGGUUCUGGACACGGAGCUGAAGAGGACCUUCGCCCACUUCAACGAGGGACGCAUCCCUCGGUGGUGCUGGCGCCAUCCUGCAGGGAGUGACCUUCUGCGGAUGGCUAGCUUUCAGAACAACAUCUACCACGAGAAGGAUGACAUCAGGAACCUGGAGGCCCUGCUGUUUGGCGGGCAGCAGCGGUGUGUGGUGUUGGAGCUGGCGGAGGAGGUGCCCACGCUGGCAGAAAUUCAGCUGGCACACACCCGCCUGCGAGCACUCUGUCUGGGGGAUAUUCCCACCUCGCUCUCUGUGCCAGAUGAAAGAUGGCUGUCCUCUCUGGAGGGAACUCGAUGGCUGGAUCACGUCAGGUGCUGCCUGAAGAAAGCUUCAGAGGUGGCCUGUCUGCUGAGAGAUGGUCACCUGACUGUCAUCCUGCAGGAACCGGAGGACCGGGACAUGAGCUGCGUGGUGUCCAGCCUGGCCCAGAUCAUGUGUGACCCGCACUGCCGGGCCCCGCCAGGCUUCCAGGGCCUGGUUCAGAAGGAGUGGGUCACGGCCGGACACCGGUUCCUCACCCGGGCCAACUACUACCGGGACCGGGAGCGAGACAAGGAGGAGGCCCCUGUGUUCCUGCUGUUUCUGGACUGCGUGUGGCAGCUGUGGGCUCAGUACCCCUCCUGUUUCCAGCUGACGGAGGCGUACCUGCUGGCCCUCCACGACAGCACCUACCUGCCGCUCUUCAGCAGCUUCCUGUCCGACUGCCAGAGAGAGAGGAGCCGCCGCUCACAGCACCUGUCCCAGACUUACACUCCAAUAAACGGCUGGAGGGAGGGGCUUAUGCAUGACCCCUCCCCCGUCCUGGCUGACCCUCCACUGCCCCCAGUGUGGGACUGGGCCCUGCAGUACAGCCCAGAGAGACGCGUGCGGUUCACCCAUCCCGUGGCCACGCCCGCCCCGCACUCGCCCCUCCUGAAUGGGACCCUCAGCACCAGCGAGCUCAGUGAUGGAGCUCCAGGCUCAGUCUUCCUCCUGUCCCGGGGCACCUUCUCCUCCCCGGUUAACCUCCUGCCCUGGCGGAGUGGGGGGGCCUCUGCCUCUGGCCGCAGGAGCCACCGUCAGGCCCCCACCCCCGAGAAGCCCCCCUCAGGGCUGGAGCGGCUGCUGAAGGGGAUCCGUAAGCCCCCCUCCGGCCCCCUGGAGCCUCUGCUACCCCUGCUGCUGGCCCCUUGCCUGGGCUUCUGGAGGGGCUGUUACCUGCGGGGGGUUCUCCAUGCACAGGCUUUCUCCCACCCCAAUCCCAGCAGCCUUCACCCAGUGGAGCACCUGGCCAGAGAGGUGGAGCAGCUCAGAGAUAAGCUGGCGUCCCUCGGGAACACCGUGGGAACGGGCAGGAAGCCAGAGUCUCACGGGAGCGACACCGGCCUCAACCAGAACACCAACAACAGCAACCUCCCUCCUGUCACUCCACAGUGCACGGUGGCCACGCCCAGGGUCCUCCCACCUGACUCCGCCCCAGCCAAACGCACGGCUCUCUUCAGCCCAACCUGACCCGGGACCAGUGGUAACCUCCGCCCCCUCACCCAGAGCCAAAGCGCCAAAAUAGGGCAGCCCAUCCUGUGGGUCCUAAGGGGUGUUCCAGUGCACCUCCACCCACCCCAGCCCUGACCGUCCCUGGCAGGGCACUUCCAGGUUUGGACUGAGCAGAACUUCUGGUUCAGAUCCUAUCCCUC